UCUCUCAUCAUGGGUCAGUUGACACUGUGUUAUGUUCUGCUCCUGCCACUGUGUUUGGGUUUUGACUCUGCAGUGACUCUUGUGAAAACCAUCGGGAGAGAACCGGAUGUUACUCCGAUAUGCACCAAUACAACACUGAGUCCCAUCACACUUCUAGUGUGUAAGAUCAGAACAGAGAUGAGCGGGGGAGAAGAGUGUCGUCUGAUGUAUCGAUAUGGACAGGACUUUGAGAACCAAUGUGACUCCAGAUUCACUCUUAUGAUGGUGAAUCAGACUGUAUUUCUCCACCUGACCAGUUUAACACCAGUGGAUAGUGGGAACCACACCUGUGAGUGUACACAUCCUGGUGAAACAUACAUUCUCCAUCUGAAUAUCACUGUGGAAGAGGAUGGAGAUGCCGACAGUUCAACACAAAUACAGAUUCUAAGCGCCUUGAUUGGUGUAACUAUAGUCAUCACUAUAACUGCAGUUAUCUUCGGGUGUAUCUAUAGAAGUGUACGACAUGGAAGACAACCACAACCACUGAGCAGUCAUCCAAACACGGAUGAAGAUGACCCAGAUGACCUUUACACAAGCCUCCAGCAACCAGCGAGUGACCUUUACCAAACUAUCUCAAACUCAGCAGGCAAGAUGGUGACGAUCUGCUUGGAUAACCAGGAAAUAGACGGAGAAGAGACUGAUCCAAGUUGCGACAUCUAUGAAAACAUUUAAACCAAAGAAUCCAGAUCAUGAAACCCGUAAUAAAUGGAUGUUCACGACUUACUGAGCAACAGACUACUGAGCGUGGUUGGCCUUCAGUUCUUUGAAAUAUCCAAGUUGAUACUUUUUUUUUU